ACCCAUUAUGAGUAGUGGGUAGUAAAGUUCAUGUGACUUUCUUACUGAUGUGCACCUUUUUCUGCUGUCAGUGUUUUAAUAAGAAGAUCCUUUUAUUGAUUUUAUUCCAGGCCAUACAUGGUCUCAGUUGCCAAAAAAGAUGGUAAUGGGUGAAAAGUAGAAGGCAGAAAACCACUAAGGGAAGGUUCUAAGUCAAGGAGAAAACCUGUCAAGACAGCAUGAGUAUACGUAUUCUAUGCAACCCUGCUAGUCUGUGCUUUGCUGCAUGCAGAUGGGUGGGAGCAACUGUGUCUGAGAGCUAGCAGUUGCCACAACUUUUUUCCCCCCAGCUUUUGUAGUUAAUACCUUGUGGGAAAUUGGUGGCCCAAUAUCUCCUUUCGUCUUUCAGUCAUUUUUCUUAGUGUUUCAUACUUCCUGCCAUCUGUACUCAGCUUUUUCCUCUAUCACCAACCCCCUAACCAAAAGUAAGUUAUCUGUUAAUAGAUGAAGAUUAUUUAUUUCUAGGUUGCAAAGCAAGAGCUUGGAAAAGAGGGCGUGCUCUUCAGAGAAACUGUAGAUGUCACAGGCUUCAAGAGGAAGGCAUCAGAGUCACAGCCAGUGGACAUGUCCCACGAUGAAUUUUGGACUAUACACCAGGGGCUGCAAGAACAACUGAGCUGGAAUUCUCGUAAGGAAACUGAGCCUGUAUGUGAGACAGCUAUGCCUGUUCACCAGAUCCUAGCCUUUUCUGAGAAGACAAAUACCAAAGACUGGACAAUGGCACCUGAGCUCCUCUUGCCUAAGUCCCAGAGCUUGUUGACAUUUGAAGAAGUGGCCAUGUAUUUUUCCCAGGAAGAAUGGGAAUUACUGGAUCCCACUCAGAAGGCUCUCUACAAUGAUGUAAUGCGGGAAAACUAUGAGACUAUCAUCUCUCUAGCUGUGCCUGUUCACCAGAUCCUAGCCUUUUCUGAGAAGACAAACACCAAAGACUGGACAGUGGCACCUGAGUUCGUCUUGCCUGAGUCCCAGAGCUUGUUGACAUUUGAGGAAGUGGCCAUGUAUUUUUCCCAGGAAGAAUGGGAGUUACUGGAUCCCACUCAGGAGGCCCUCUACAAUGAUGUAAUGCGGGAAAACUGUGAGACUGUCAUCUCUCUAGGUAAAGAAUUUCCCUCUCCCAUUGGGUGGAAGUUGAGUAAUCUGUCAUGUUCUCUGCUUACUGGGAAUGUAGUGCUCUGAGAGGUUGUGUUCCAGUAACGGGUUGCUUCUCAACUAGAUGGUGUGUGGACAGGGGAAAGGUGUAUCCAGAUCAACUGGGGAGCUUUGUCUAGGUGCACACUCCAUAUGCUAUAUAGAUUUCUUGAUUUAUUUUUUUCUCCUUCCCCAAAUCUGUUCUCAUAGAGGCCUCUUCUCAGUAAAGAGCAUUCACCCAGUAGCUAAGAGGAGGGAACGUACAGUCAUCCUUUACUGUGAUCUUGCUGUCCUACCCCAUUGUAAUGCGUCACUCUCCUUUUGGUUCCACCUUCACAGUGUAGCCUGAGUGCAGCCAUGUCUCAUCUCCUUGUGCUGUUAGCGUCCUGGCUUAAGCCAGCAGCAUGUCUAACCAGACUGACCUCGGUACUUUCUGACUGGUGCCCCUGCCUCUUGCCCUCCCUCCCUGUUUUCCACACAGCAGCCACAUGCUUUUAAAAACUGGUCAAAUCGUGACAUUUCCCAUUUCAAACCUUAUGAUGACUUCUCAUCACAUUCAGAAUAAAAUCCACACCUUACUGAAGUGCUUAGGGUCUUCCAGGGUCUGACCCUACUCACCACCCUGCCCUCAUCUGCUGCCACUUGUGCCCUUGCUCAGUCCUCUUGAGCCUCUCUGAUGUUUCUGUUUCUUGAACUUGCCAUGGUCAUUUCUACUUUGCCUUUUCCUCUACCUGGCACACUUUUCUGCCACAUGGCAGAACUCUCACUUUUACAUUCCUGCUGCAAUAUCAGUUUUUCAAAGAGGCCUUCCGUACUACCUCAUCUA